GAGAGGGAGUAUAUAUAUCUUAGAAAGCCGUAGCAGAUGCGUAGGGUGAGUUGUGUUGCUUCCCCACGCCAACCACGGGACAUUUUCCUGGUAAAUUUUCCCCUCGCGCUUGGCAUGUUUUGUCGUGCUUUUCGAUCUUCUUAUCCAUGGAAACCAUUAAUCAGACACAGAUUAUCUUGUGCAUUCUUCAGGUGCGGAUGGAGGACGACCCUGAUUCCGCUUCGCUUGAGGUGGAUACAGAGUACCCCAUCACUGUUUCGCUCGGGAGGACGGAGGAGGAUCCUGAUUCAGAUUCCGCUUCGCUUGCAGUUGAGGUGGAUGUAGAGCACCCCAUCACUGUUUCGCUCGGCCCCAUGGGUCGCCUCCUCCGGCGACUCCAUUCAUUCCAGGCUUCCGACCACCGUCUGCCAGAGGGGCUUAGUGCGAACGGGAUCCGGCUUCUCAGAGAAGGGCUGGAACGAUUGUACAACCACCUCAAGAAUGCGCCGGAGGCAGAUGUGGACAACCCUAGCUUCGCGCCGAAAUGGUGGAUCAAGGAGGUCCGAGAACUUGCUUACGACACGGAGGACUUCUUCGACGAGGUUAUGCAGUCCGGUGACGGCGUCGUUGUCGGCAGAAGCGCCCCCCUUGGUACCAUAUUUGGAAUUAGGAAGCAGCGCCUGCCCCAGAUUGCACAAGAUUUCUCACAGUUAAUGGCCCGUGUGGAUGAUGCGAAAAAAAGAUGCCAAAAUUUCCGGUUUGCUCUGGAGACGGCCGUCAUCAUCAGAUCUCAAAGAGUACAAGCCGGUAUCAGCUGCCACACGCCUGAACUGCCCCUCGACCUGCCGGUGUUGGCUGUGCAGAUGGAACCCAUGAAGAAGCUUGUUAACUUGCUUGCUUUCGGCGACGACAACCAGAAACAGCUCAAGGUGUUACCUAUCCUUGGAUCUGCAGGAGUUGGAAAAACGAUGGUUGCCAGAACAAUAUAUCAUCAGCAUGGAGGGAAAUUCCAGUGCCGGGCUUUUGUACGGGUGUCCCGAAAUGCCGAUAUGAGGUGGCUUCUCACCAGCAUCCUCUCACAAAUUAAAGCACCACAGACUCAUUCCUUUACUGAUGCACAGGACCUUAUUCACAGCAUCAUCAAACAUCUUCAAGGAAAAAGGUACUUCAUUGUAGUCGAUGAUUUAUGGACAUCAUCAGUAUGGGAUAUUAUUAGCCGCGCUUUUCCUUAUGAUGAUUGUUGCAGCAGAAUACUGGCAACCACACAAGUUGAGGAUGUAGCAUUAGCAUGUUCUGGUUAUGAGACAGAGUAUAUAUUAAAGAUGGGACGUCUUAAUGAUGGUGAAUCUCGAAAAUUAUUCUUCAGUUAUGUUUUUGGUUCUGAAGGUGAAGGUGCAUGCCCUAAAGAGUUCAAAGUGGUUGCAGAUAGGAUUAUCAGCAAAUGCGGUGGUUUACCGUUAUCAACUGUAAAUAUAGCAAGCCUGUUGCUGCCAAGAAUGCGGAGCCCUGCAGUGGAACAAUGGGAGAAGGUAGAAAGUUCUCUACCGUCCACUUUGAGGACAGAUCCUACUUCCCAAGGGAUAAAAGAUGUUCUAAUCCUUAUUUACAAUGAGCUUCCACUUCAUUUGAAGGCAUGCUUGCUCUACCUUAGUAUGUAUCCAGAGGGCUACUCUAUCAGGAAGGAUGAUUUGGUGAAGCAAUGGGUAGCUGAAAGUUUGGUCAGUGGCAUUGAGUAUGGUUACUUUAAUGAGCUUGUCAGAAGAGGUAUGAUCAAACCUGUAGACACCAAAUAUGACGGCGAGGUGUUGUCAUGUACAGCUAACCACAUGGUACUGGAUCUUAUCAGGUACAAAUCCGUUGAGGAUAAUUUCAUUAUUGCUGUGAACUACUUUGAAUCAACUCUACGGCUUCCUGACAAGGUUCGUCGGUUGUCCGUCCAGUUUGGAGGUGCAAAAAGUGCAAAGAUACCGGAAAGCAUCAGAAUGUCCCAAGUUCGAUCACUUCUAUUUUGUGGACCCUCCAGAUGUGUACCUUCCGUUCUGGAUUAUUGCCUUCUCCGAGUUCUGAUUCUUCAUAUUUUGGCUGAUCAAGACCAGAUGAGUUUUGAUUUCAGUAGAGUCGGUGAACUAUUUCGACUGAGAUAUCUGAUGGUUGAAUGCAAUAUCACCAUCAAUUUACCAGACAAGAUUCAAGGAUUAGAAUACUUGGAGACACUGCAAUUAGAUGGAAGGCUAUCUGCGGUUCCAUCAGAUAUUGGUCAUUUGGAGAAUUUACGGCACCUUCGCCUUCCCAGCCAGGCUAAUGUGAGGGACCUUGGCGGGCUGACCAAUCUCCAGGAUCUUCAUCUCACCCUUUCUAUAGCACAGCCAGUUGAUCAUCUGGAGGAUACCAUGAACCACCUGGGCUCAAUUCUCGACAAACUCAGCAACCUCCAGUCUUUGAUUCUGGCAUCUGCUGGUUCCUCUCCUGUAAAUACCUCAAGUGUGAGCAUUUCGUGUGAUGGCUUGAGCAAUGUGUUCCCUGCUCUGGCCCAUCUCGAGAGACUUGAGUUAUUGCCGCGGAUUUGCAUCUUUCCUAGCCUCCCAAAGUGGUUUAAAACACUCGACAGACUCGGCAGCCUAAAGGUAGGAGUUAGAGAGCUAUCAAACAGUGAUACUGAUAUCGUUAAAGGAUUGCCUUCCCUCACUGCCCUCUCGCUGUAUAUCCAGACAGCGCCUGCAGAGACAAUUGUCUUUGGCAACGACGGAUUUUCAGCUCUCAAGUACUUCAAGUUGAGGUGCAGUGAGCCUUUGCUGAAAUUUGAGGCUGGUGCAAUGCCUAAUCUUCGGAAGCUCAAGCUAGUCUUCAAUGCCCAGGAAGUGCAGCAGCAUGCUGUUGCACCUAUCUGCAUUGAGCACUUGGCAGGGCUUAAAGAGAUAUCCGCCAAAAUUUGGGGUGCAGGUGCUGCUGCCACAGAGUCUGCCUUAAGGAUUUCUGUUAUUAAUGAUCCAAAAAAUCCAAAAAUCAACAAGCAACAGGUGAACUGGAAUUUCUAUACUGACGAAUAUACAAUUAUGGGGACAUCAGAGCCAGCAGCCGUGAUUGUAGAAGAACGAGGUGAGAUCCUGGAAGAGAACACAGAAUAUGAGUACACAGGGGAAGAUGGGAACAGACAACCUGACAAAGAUAGAAUUAUGGGAACAUCGGAGUCGCCUUGGAGACGCCACGACCGGCGAUGUUGCCAGACGCUCCUCUCUGUGUUAGCCAGGACCAGGCGUGCCGUGAAAGCCGGCUGGACCGCCUUUAAAGCCGCCUACGAAGUCCGCGAUGAUCUCCUCUGGUGGGACAAUCUUGCACAAUGCAAUGCCGGUGAGCUCUGCAUGGCCGCCGUCCAGGCCAAUAAUCUGAUGGAGGACCAUUGUCGUGUAGAGUCGUCUCGUACCCUAGGCACCUGCAUCGGGAUCUUCGACGGUCACGGUGGCCCCGAGGCGGCCCGCUUCACUGCUGACAAUCUCGUCCGUAGACUCCAAUUUGGAGCCAGGUAUAGCUUGCGGGGCAUGACAGAUGACAUCAUCAGGGAGGCAUUCCUUGAUAUAGAGGCAAGCUUCAUCGAGCUUGUCUCACGGCAAUGGUUAGGCAAGCCGACCCUUGCCGCCGUCGGGACAUGCUGCCUUGUCGGCAUCGUGCACCACCGGACUCUCUUUGUCGGCAACCUCGGGGAUUCCCGAGCUGUUCUCGGAAAGGUAGGUUUCGGCGGGCAGAUUACUAUGGAGCAGCUGACGAAUGAACACAAUGUUCGUCACGAGAGUGUCAGGCAGGAGCUCAGGGCUCGGCACCCCAAUGAUCCAGAUAUUGUGGUGCCUAUUGAUAAUGUUUGGAGUGUGAAGGGCAAGAUACAGGUGUCAAGAUCAAUAGGUGACGCAUACUUGAAACACCAGCAGUUUAACUGGGAACCGCUACCUAGUAUGUUCAGACUUGGUGAACCAUUCAGCCGGCCUAUACUGAGUGCCAACCCAUCUAUCAUCUCACGUAGAUUUCAACCAAGUGACCGCUUCAUCAUAUUUGCCUCGGCUGGUCUGUGGGAAUUCUUGAGCAAUGAGGAAGCCAUCGAGAUUGUUCACAGAAACGAGCCUACUCUAGCUGCAGGAAAGCUUAUAGAAGCAGCUGUCCAGAAAGCGGGGAAGAAACCUGAGGCGCUUUCCAAACAUCUCAAGAAGACUGAGAGGGGGGCUCGCAGGCGUUUCCAUGAUGAUAUAACCGUGGUCGUCCUAUUUCUAGAUCAUUUCCUGUUAGAGUUCGAUGAACAACGCCGACAUCCGCCGUUUUCCAUAAGAUGCCCAUUAGGUAACACACUUGACAUGGAUAAUUUCAUGCAUCUAUCUGAUGAUGAUUAAUCACAACUUCAACGCCAAAGCUCGUUUCGUUAGACGACGCGCGGUGAUUAUUUACAAUCAUGAUGUUUCUGUACUCGCCUAUCAAACACUCAAAACUUAGUGUGAUGAUUAUGUACGAUGAUCUCAUAGAUCAUUAAAGUGCUGAAUGUUCUUGAAA